AUGGCUUCGCAACUCUUACCCCUCGAAUUGAUUGACAAAUGUGUUGGCUCCAAGAUCUGGGUGGUGAUGAAAGGUGACAAAGAAUUUUCCGGUACUCUUCUCGGAUUCGAUGAUUAUGUCAAUAUGGUCUUGGAAGAUGUGACAGAGUUUGACUACGCCGGAAACCAAGAAAAGCUCCCCAAGAUUCUUCUAAACGGCAACAAUGUCUGCAUGGCGUCGGCAGAGUGCUACAUUAAGGCUCAAGCCUCGUUUUCUUAUCUCUUCACCACCAUGGACAAAUCAUACGAAUCCAAGGAGAUUGGUGGCGGCGCCGCUCAUACUAUCUCAUCCGAGGAGCCGCCAUCCUAUGGUGAAACCCAGCCCGCUGGCAGCUUCCGCCAGCGCUUCAUCGACAGCUUCAAGCGCGAUCCCAAUGCCCAUGUGACCAAAGCCGGCCAGGUUGGCGCCGACGGCAAUGUCUUUGAUCUCGAAACAGCCGCGCAGAACACGGCCAAUUCGCCCCUGCAGCGCAAGCUGAAGGGCCGUCACCUGCAGAUGAUCGCCAUUGGUGGUUCGAUCGGUACUGGUCUGUUCGUCGCAUCUGGGAACGUGCUGGCCGCCGGAGGCCCGGCCUCCCUGGUCAUUGCCUACAUCCUGAUUGGUGCCAUGUUGUACUGCACGGUCCACGCUUUGGGAGAAAUGGCAGUUUUGUACCCUGUCGCCGGUUCAUUCUCUGCUUACUCGACUCGUUUCCUUGACCCCGCCUGGGGCUUUGCUAUGGGCUGGAAUUAUGCCCUGCAAUGGCUCGUCGUCUUACCCCUAGAAAUUGUCGCCGCAUCAAUCACCAUCCAGUACUGGAAUAGCGGCAUCUCCCCUGCUGCCUGGGUUUCAAUCUUCUUGGUUCUGAUUAUUGCAAUCAACUUCUUUGGUGUCCGAGGAUACGGCGAGGCUGAAUUUGUAUUUGCUAUCAUUAAGGUCACCGCUGUCAUUGGUUUUAUUAUCCUUGGAAUCAUCCUGAACUGUGGCGGUGGUCCUGAAGGCGGUUACAUUGGUGCGAAGUACUGGUAUGAUCCAGGAGCCUUUAACAAUGGUUUCAAGGGACUCUGCAGUGUCUUUGUCAAUGCUGCUUUUGCCUUCGCUGGUACAGAGCUUGUUGGUUUGGCUGCUGCUGAAACCGCAAAUCCCCGCAAAUCGCUUCCCACCGCCAUCAAGCAAGUUUUCUGGCGUAUUGCUCUCUUUUACAUUGUGGCUUUGACCAUUGUCGGAAUGUUGGUGCCUUACACCGACACGCGUUUGGAAGGAACAUCUUCUGCUGAUGCAAGGGCGUCCCCUUUUGUCAUUGCUAUCGUGAAUGCCGGAAUUAGUGGUCUUCCUUCUGUCAUGAAUGUCGUGAUCAUGAUUGCUGUCUUGUCUGUCGGCAACUCUUCCGUCUACGGAUCCUCCCGUACGCUCGCCGCUCUUGCUGAGCAAGGACAAGCACCCAAAUUUUUGGCCUACAUUGAUCGUCAAGGACGUCCGCUCUUUGCCAUUAUGGUUGCGUCUGUUUUCGGGUUCCUGGCGUUUCUUGCCGCCUCGAGCAAGGAAGGUGAUGCCUUUACAUGGAUGCUUGCCAUUUCUGGUCUGUCAUCUAUCUUCACAUGGGGCUCUAUCUGUCUAGCUCAUAUUCGCUUCCGCUCCGGCUGGAAGGCUCAGGGUCACACCCUAGACGAACUGCCCUUCAAAUCCCAAGUUGGUGUUUAUGGAUCCUGGGUAGGUUUUCUCUUCAACGUCCUUGUCCUUAUUGCCCAAUUCUGGGUCGGAUUCGCCCCUGUUGGAUAUAGUGGAAUGUCCGCAUCCGAGCUCGUGAAAAACUUCUUCUCUGUAUAUCUUGCGGCACCCAUAGUCAUUGCCUUCUAUAUCCCUUACAAGAUCUGGUUCCGCACUCCAUUCAUGAAGGCUCACCAGAUGGACUUGAACACCGGUCGCCGUGACCUCGAUAUUCGAGAAUUGAUCGAGGAAGAGCGCGCCGAACAGGCCAAAUGGCCUGCCUGGAAGAAACUCUACCAUUGGUUCUGUUAG